AUGAAAAUCAAAAGGACCAGAAACCGCCCCACCAAGUCCUGUCUCGAAUGCAAUAGAAGAAAGCAAAAGUGCGACCGCAAAUCUCCAUGUCGGCAUUGUAUCAGUCGCGGUGUAGCAGGCCGCUGUAUCUACCAAGAACAACCCAAGCAACCUAUAAAUCAAACAUCUAAUAAAAAGCCUGCCAGUCACGGCUCCGAAGGCAGUGAAUCAAAUGCAUCAGAUUUCGAGGAAAGUUCAGAUCUUGGAUAUACGACACAUGGAUCUGGCGCCCUCCGAGAAAUUGAAAAGAUUGCGUCCUUUCCACCACCAAAAGCGAGAGUUGGUAGAGGUGGAUCUACAUGUCUUCUGAAUCGGCACAUUAUCCAACAAUCUCUGCCUCAUAAGACAGUUAUGGACCUUCUUACUCGUACAUUUUUCAAGGAAAUAAAUCGAGUGUAUGAGGUGGUUUAUGAGCCUAUAUUUUGGCGGGAUUACGAUGAAUGGUGGUCGAAGCCCGAUAAUAACGACAGCGACAUUAAUAAGCUAGACUUUGCGCUUCUUAUGAUUCGCAUUUGUAUUUUGAGCACGCAUAUUCUUGCAGUAACGGACAGAGAUAUUACCUCACAGAAUAAUUUGCUAGCCGAAUACUCGCAAUCGCCGGGCAAGCUCGAAAACAAUCUAUGCUGUCUAGCUGCAGAUUUGGAAUCCAAGCGGCCACAGAAACACUCUUUCCUUGUUGUUCAGCAUAUGUUCUUUCGAGUAUGCUAUCUCAAAAACAAAGGUAAAAUCAAACAUAGCUGGUUUGUUCUGGCAGAUACCGUGAAGGAGGCCCACGAGAUCGGUCUCCAUUUGGAGGAUACACUCACGCUAGAUAUGAGUGAGCUAGACCGAGAGUUGCGGAGACGACUUUUUUGGAGCCUUUACGUUUGGGAUCGAUUUAUGUGUACAUUCCUUGGCCGCUGGCCACUCAUUCCAGAGGAUCACUGCGAUAUUUCUCUUCCGCAUGACAGCAUCCAAGCCAUCACAACAACACCAGAAGUCCUUACCCAUUUUACAGAUCGACUCUAUCAUAUCCAUGUUGCACGGUUCAUCUCGAAGACUAUGGGUUCAAAGUCUUGGAAGAUGGAUCAGUAUGAUCCUGUUGUGGUGGCUCAGAAUCAUGCACGUUUCGAAAAGGAAAUUCUCUGCAAACUUCCUAGAGCACUCUCUCUUACUAUGGCCGAUACAAGCUGGGACGUCGCCUUCCCGGUGCUGGCCGUGAAACGUGAAGAUCUGCACCUAUCGCUGUACGCUGCUGUUGCUGGUUUAUAUCGUGGAUUCACGAAUCCCUGGGAACAAAAUACCAAUAGUGAUAACGUGCAGGAGGAAGAACCUUCUGUUCUAGUGAUAACCUAUUUUGAACGAUUAAUCACAGAGCUGUGUAAUAUUCUUGAUUCCUCUAUGAGAUUGUACGAAAUGUGCCAAAACAAUCCUCAUACCGAGGGGCUUUUCAUGAUACCAAUGUCUAUGGUUGAAGCACUUUCCCAAAUCGGGCUAUGCUUUAGGGCAGCAGAGUCACAAAAAGCGGCAAAAUGGGCCAUGCGGAAUGCUGAAUGGGCGAGGGCAAUCAAUUACAGGUUACAAUUUGACGUCUGUAAGAAGUUCGGUGCAGCGUAUGCAGUGCUGAAACAUCAGAGCCAAAAUUCACGAAUCGCCAAGCAGGGAAUGCUGAUAUUAUCGGAACUGGCUUCACAGAUUCAAUCUUUCUCUAACUCGGGAAAGUCGAUUUUUGCGAAUAUUCAGUCCUCUCCUACUGAGGAGGGUUUGUCAUUUACCACUGGGAACGUCGCAUGGGAGAAUAUGGACCAAGUUCCGGCUUUCCCUCUCGAUCAGUCUACUAUUGACGACAGGCUUUUCGACUGGGUAGACUUCGCAACUUCCUCUGACCGCUCCUGGUUCUUCGACGCUCAGGCUGAGUUGUUCGCCUAG